AUGCGGCCUUUCCUAUGUGCCGGGUUUGUUGCUGUCCUUUGGGGCUUUAACUCGGCUUUCGCCCAAUCAAACUUCCCACCGGAGCCUAUGGGCUUAACAGAAUUCUUCUCAAAGCGGUGGCCGGGAGCGACUAUUUCAUACAAGCAGACUUCGAUAUGCGAGACCACUCCGGGCGUAAAGGCUUGGAGCGGCUAUGUUGGUAUGCCCCGGAACCUUCUCAACAAGAUCCCAGAUGUUCAUGUCGACUAUGAUAUCAACCUUUACUUUUGGUACUUUGAGGCUCGUCAUAAUGCUGAAGAUGCACCCACUUCUAUCUAUCUGGGCGGUGGCCCUGGAUAUACCGCCCUUGACUCCAUGUCAGGUUUCCCCUGCAUCAUCGGUAGUGACUCCAAUAGCACGACCCUGAACCCUUUCUCAUGGAACAACCACGUCAAUAUGCUGUAUAUUGAGCAGCCUGUAGGGACAGGCUUCUCUUACUCGCGCCUAGUGAACGGCACAUUGGACGUGUUAAAGACAGACCAAGCCGGUGGACCAGUUUUUACGCCCCUGAAGAAAGGUGAGGAGCUGCCAGUAACGAAUGCUACCGUCCUGGCGGCAACUCUGGACUCGCGGGGCUUGGACACGACGCAGAACACGACGGCACAAGCGGCUCGGUCUCUGUGGCAGUUCGCCCAGAUCUGGUUCCAAGAGUUCCCUGAAUACAAAACCAAGAACAAAGAAAUAUCUCUUUGGAGUAUAUCGUAUGGUGGUAUCUGGGGCGCAGGCUUCUUCUCCUACUUUAUCAAUCAAAACGAACAAGUCUCAGCAAACAAGCAUGCCCUUGCCAAUGCCGUUGUCCUUCCCUUAGCCACGCUGGGCCUCGGCAACGGCUGCAUCGACAUCCGUGCCAGUGCCAUCGGCUACCCUCAUCAGGCUUACAAUAACACUUACGGCAUAAAGGCGUAUGGCAAAGACCUCUACGACCAAGUCAUGGGCAACAUCACCGCUCCCGAGGUUGGUUGUUAUGACUUGGCAGACCAGUGUAGGGCCGCCGCUAGGGAGUUGGACCCUACGUCGCAGGGUAACAAUCCGAAGGUGAAUAUAAUAUGUCAAGCAGCGGCGGAGGUGUGCGUAGACGUCGUUCUAGGGACAUAUAUAACAGAUACAAUGCUAUCUAAUGAAGAUAUCACGUAUCCCAACAUAGUGUCGAGCGUCCCGAACUACUACAACGGCUACUUCAACCAAGCAUGGGUGCAAAAAGACCUCGGGGUCCGCACCAACUUCACCAGCAAUGACAACACGUACCAGGUAGCAAUGUUUCAACUCACCGGCGAUGUCGUGAUCCGGGACAUGUCCUCGCUCGAGCAUAUCAUUAGUAGUGGUAUCAACGUUGCUCUCAUCUACGGCGAUCGUGACUACCAAUGCAAUUGGAUCGGCGGGGAAAACAUCUCUCUGUCUAUGGAUUUCCCUACUGCGCCCACCUUUCGAAAAGCCGGAUACGCUAACCUCAUCACCAACUCCUCUUACAUUGGCGGCGUCGUCCGCCAACACGGCAACGUGUCCUUUUCGCGCGUCUUCGAAGCCGGUCAUUCUGCAACCGCUUACCAGCCGGAGACCGUUUACCAGAUCUUCCAGCGCAGCAUGUUUGGAAAGGACGUUGCAACAGGUCGAAAUAAAGUUGACGACAAGUACAGCACCAAGGGUCCGAUCAGUAGCUGGGGCAUUAAGAACAAGAUUCCGAAGCACUCUCCUGAGAAUCAGUGCUAUACGUAUUUGGCAACACAGACGUGUACACCAGAGCAACUUCAAGCAUUAGAGGAUGGAACUGCAGUGAUAGAGGAUUUUGUAGUAUUAAAACCAGCAGGGAUUGCAACAAGUCGGUUGUAG